GCCAUCGGUUGGUGCGGCAAUCAUUUGAGUGUUUGGAGCUGUUAGAGCCACACACCUUUGUCCACACGCGGUCCGCCGACAGUCAGUCGGACGAGCAGUCAGCAGCCAACGAGCCAGCGAGCCAGCGAGCCAGCCAGCCAGCCAGUAGCUUAUCCGGCUCCGACCAGCUCCGAGGGACCGAGUACCCAGUACCUUGUUUGUCAUCACUGGAAGUAGUUCAUAGCAGCAACAGCAGCAGCAGCGUCAGCAUCCUCCAAUCAAUCGUGCAGCAGCAGCAGUAGCAGUAGUUAAAAAACCAUGAAGCCGUUCCGCAGCUGGAACAGCGCCUCGGUCGCGCUGGCCAUCGUCCUGUGUGCAGGGCUAGCGAUGGCGGCACCGGGCGUGCGCGUCAAGCGAGGCGAAGCAGCAGCAGAGACCGCAGUGGUCGGGGCCGAGUCAGCCGACACCGCCGUCAAUCCGCUCAUAUCCGAGGAUGCGGCAAUCAUCGGAGACGACCUUGACCGUGACAAGCGAAAAGUGCCCGAUCCGAAGUACGAGACCAAGAACGCGAUCCUGGGUUUCGUGUUUGGAAAAAUCAACUCGUUCAUCGACGCGAAGACGCGCUUCAUCGACAAGCUGGACCACGCCAACAUCGAGAAGAACAAGCAGCACCACAUCGAACCACCGAAACCGGUGCCGGACUUCCAGUCGCUGAUCUCGUCCGUCAUCACGCCGAAGGUGCAGUUCAUCACCUCGAAGAUCGGUUCGCUGAGCGGUAGCUUCCUCGGUGGUUCGUCCGGUGGCGGCCACGGUGACGACAGUGACGGUCACGGCAGCGGUGGUAGCGGUGCGCCCCAGCUCGGCAACAUCGUCUCGUCGCUGCUGAAGCUCUCCGGACCGAUCCUGUCCGGAUCGUCCGGUGGCGGUGGCCACGGUGGCUCCAACACGGUUUCGCUCGGCGAUCAUGACGAUGACGACGAGUAGACGAGUGGGCGGCAACGACACGGUGGCGACACGGCGGCGUAACUCAUCUACCACCCCUACCACCACCACCACCACCAUCAUCUUCCAUUAUCCAUCCCCUGAGCUCGUCGCGUCAAUCAACCCCGGAGGACCGGGAGAACGAACAACAUACAAUCAAUACAAGAGCGGAAGAUGAGAGAGAGAGAGAGAAAGGGAGAGAGAUAGCGAUGGCACCACACACACACGUGCUCGUGACGUCACGUUAGACGCGGGGGAGGAGGUGUUUAGGUGCCCCCCCGUUAUGCCUCUUAUUUAUGUUGAUUAAUCAUAGCCACCACCAUACCUGCGCCAACCCCCCAAACCACCUCUCUCCAACACCUCUUUUGGGCUCUCCCAUAUGAUCACUACCCCCCCCCCCCCCUCCAUUCCUUACUCGUAAAUCCAGAUAGGGGGGAGCGGUUCAUCCCUGGGAAUGGGGGGGAAAGGGAAAAGGGAUCGAUUCUUCAGCUUCUUCAGCCUCGUCUAGAAAUUCAAGGCCAAGCAGCUGCCUCUCUUUUUCUCUCUCUUUCUUUCUCUUUUUCUUUUUAUUUUCUCUCUCUCUCUCUUGCUUUCUUUUACUCUAUCUCUUGUCUCACUCUCUUUCUCUUUUUCUCUGUCUGUUCUGACUUUUAAAAAAUCUUUGUUCGUUGUUGCUCCACUGUUUUGUUAACAAACGCUCACACACACACAGUGGCAGCGCUUCGAUUUGUGACUCCUCAGCCUGGGAUCCGCGCAUCCUGGCGCACCCCUUUUCAUUCAAUACUCAUCAUUCACCCCCUGCUCCCCCUCCCCCACAGCCCUCCCACGGUGUAGCAUUUGUAGAUUGGGCGCUUGUUUCGCUCUUCUGCUGAAGUUUUUUUCUGCUUUUUUUGUUGUUUUUUGUUUUGUUUUGUUUCGUUUAGUUGAAUCUGUUAUGCCUAAUAGUGUUUAGCAAUUGCAUGAAAUCGUUGCUGAUAGGCGUGUGGUGUGGGAAGGGUGGCAGUAGGCGAGGGGGAGCAAAUAGGGACUAUAAUGUAGAAUGAAAGUAUGAGAGAGAGAGAGAGAGAGAAAGAGAGAGAAAGAGAAACAGAGAGUGUGUGUGAGAGCAAAAGUAGGGUAGAGCGAGAAACGGAAAAACAAAUGUGGUAAAACGAAAACAUGUUAGUAAUAUCCUUACACAUACAUAAACACUUACACACAAACAACGAAAAAUUAAAAAAAAAACUGAUGGAAAAAGGGUGAAAGUAGAGCUCACACUAGGGUGCUUG